AUGAUUACCAAGUAUUUCACAAAAGUGGUAGUCAAAUUCAACCCAUUUGGUAAGGAAGCCAAAAGCGCUCGCCUUCUUUUGAGUGCGAUUCCACCUGCACAGCGGCUGACCGGUACAUCGAUACAGAACAAACUCCUCACAGCUGCUUCUACCGAGAGCCCGAUUGUGAAAAUUACCUUCAAGGAUAAAACAGAAAUGGAGGCGGACCCAACAAAGAUGACUUUCAAAGAAUUAGGAAACUAUUUCGACAGACACUCUCGGAAGCUGGGUCUUAAGGAGAGCAUUGAAUCCCAAUAA